AUGGUACGGGAGGGCAGCAGUGAGGACAUCGAGGAUGUGUCUCUCUUUGAUGCGGAUGACGACGUGUCCAGGAGAUCGAAAAAGUCCAAAAUCAGGCAUCCAGUGGCAUCAUUUUUCCACUUAUUCUUCCGAGUCAGUGCGAUCGUUGUCUAUCUGCUCUGUGAGCUCUUGACUAGCAGCUUUAUUGCCUGCAUGGUGACAAUUAUCCUCCUCUUGUCAUGCGACUUUUGGGCUGUAAAGAAUGUCACAGGGCGCCUGAUGGUUGGCCUUCGCUGGUGGAACCAGGUGGAUGAUGACGGUAGAAGUCACUGGGUAUUUGAAGCCAGGAAGGUAUCAGCACAAGGGAGUAAAACCUCAUCAGAAGCAGAGUCCCGGAUUUUCUGGUUAGGUCUAAUUACCUGCCCAAUGAUCUGGGUGAUAUUUGCUUUCAGCGCGCUCUUUUCUUUCAAAGUGAAAUGGCUGGCAGUGGUUGUGAUGGGAGUGGUGCUUCAGGGAGCCAACCUUUAUGGUUAUAUCAGGUGUAAAGUCGGCAGUAGAAAGAACCUGACAAGCAUGGCGACCAACUAUCUUGGAAGGCAGUUCUUGCGGCAGACUCUGGCUAAAGAGGACCAGACAGCAUCGUGAGUGUGGUGGAAGCCUCAAGCCAGACGGGAUUCACGGUGGUGAACAACAGAGAUGUUGUUCUGACCAUGAGAUUUGGGAGCUGCCUACGUGAGGUGUGAAUUAAAAGCAGUAAAUAAAUUGUGCAAGACUUCAGGUUGACACUCCUAGCAACUUAUAUUCGAUUUUCCACUAGCAGUUUGUGCUUAAGUCCUUUC